ACUACCACCUCAACUAAGAACAGAGAAAAAAGCAAUAAGAAAAAAAAAUAAAAAUUCCAAGGGUAAACAACUUACAUCCUCCCUUCCCUUUCACCGUGUUUCUGAGUUUUUUAAAGAUUCAAGGGAGGGAAGAUAAGCAAGUAUGGCCGACUUUGUUGUUGAUUUUCUCGUAGAGCACUUGUCCCAGCUACUGGCAGGAGAAGUGAACUCCUUAGGUGGAGUUGAGGAUCAAGUCAAGUCGCUUCAUCGGGAGCUCAGACUGACAAAUAUAUUCCUCAAGAACUCCGAGGGGGAACGGAGCGGCCAUGAAAUGGCGUGGGAUAAAUCCAAGGGGAAACGGAGUGGCCAUGAAAUGGUGGACGAUGUAAUCAGGAAAAUCGUGGACGUUGCUUACAGGGCUGAGGAUGUUAUCGACGCAAUCAUCUUCGACGAUGCAAUACAGACAGACAAGCCGAAGAAGAUUGAUAAUGCCACCCACGUAAGAUUGCUUCAUGGUGUUCACAAGAAGAUAGAAGACCUAAACAAAGAAAUCAACACAAUCUACGGCAAUAUAGAAAGGCAUGGCAUUGAAAGAGCUGAAGCUAGCGUAGAUGCAGCGACGGAGGCACUGCACAAACGUAUGAGAGAAGUCGAGGAAGAUGACGUGGUGGGCUUCGAUUCCGCCUCGACGACAUUGGUGAAACAGCUUACGGAAGGGAUUAAUCAACAGCUUGAUGUCGUUUCAAUCGGCGGCUGGGCUGGGUCGGGCAAAACCACCCUCGCCAGAAAAAUCUACAAUAAUGUUGACAUCAAGAGUCACUUUAAUUUCCGUGCGUGGGUGUACCUAUCUAACGAUUUCAGCAGCAGAGAUGUGUUAAUUGAAAUUUUGAAGUCUGUGAUGUCAAAAUCAGAUGAGUUGGCAAGGAAGAAGUUGUUCAAAUACUUGAGUGAGGAUGAACUAAAAAAGAAGCUGUUCAAAUGCUUGCAAGGGAAGAGGUACCUAGUAGUCGUGGACGAUUUUGCGAAUCUCGAAUAUUCCUUGGAUAAGCUAAGAUUAUCUUUUCCUGAUGAGUCGAACGGAAGCAGAAUACUGAAGAUCAUCACCACUAGCACCCAAACGAAUGCAAGCCUUAUUGCUCCCUACUAUCUCUCGUUUCUUAACAAAGAUAAAAGCUGGGAACUCUUAAGUAAGAAGGUGUUCCGGGGAGGAACAUGUCCUCCCGAAUUAGAAACUCCAGGGAGACAACUCGCUAUAGCUUGUACUGGCUUACCCCUUACAAUUGUGUUAUUAGCGGGCAUUUUAGUAAACAAAGAGAAGAAAUACGAAACAUGGGCGAAAUUUAAUCGUCAUGUACCUUGGAAACCCCAACAAAUGCUGGAAUUAUGCUACUUUCAGCUGCCCCGACACUUGAAACCAUGCCUUUUGUAUUUUGGUGUAUUCCCAAAAUACUUUGAGAUCCCUGUAAAGUUACUGAUCAACUUGUGGGUUGCGGAGGGUUUCAUACAACACUCUCGCAAUAUAGACCCAGAGGAUGUUGCUGAAGACUACUUGGAGGAGCUCAUUGAUCGAAGCUUGGUCCAAAUAGUUAGCAGAAGGACAGAUGGAGGAGCAAAGACAUGCCGCAUCCAUGAUCUUGUGCAAAGCUUCUGCAUACAAAGGUGCGUAGUUGACAAAUUUCUUGACGUAGUUACCAAUUUCAAUUGGCCCAUAUCCCGCAGAGUUUCCCUCCAUAGUACCGUUAUUAGAUUUUUUGAUCUAAACCCCCGUAGCAAACCAACUCCAAGUGUCCGCUCAUUGUUGUUUUUCAAACAAGAUACAUAUGGCUUAGAUCCGAAGCAAUGGAAAUGGGUCCACGAACACUUCAAGUUGGGUCGGGUGCUUAAUUUCGGGUAUGUAAGUCUCUACUCCAUUCCCACAGUGAUAACAAAAUUGAUCCAUUUGAGGUACUUGGGUAUCGAGUCUGAUGCACUGAAAGCUAUUCCACAUUCAAUUGGCAACCUUAUAAAUCUAGAAACCCUUAACAUGAAAGGCACUUUUCUGAAUUGUUUGCCAAAAGGGAUAUGGAAACUGCGACGUUUACGGAAUCUGUACGUAUCUGGGCCAGUGAGUUUACCUAACGAUUUGGACCCAGAGGUUGAAGUUCUGGAGAACCUCCAAGUCCUUUCCACUGUCUCGCUUAAGCCACAAAGUUCACUAAGUAUCCCUAAUGUAAGGAAAUUAGGAUUGUGGUUUGCGUCUGACGAAAGCAACACCGAAGUAGUAGAUGCUCUAAAAAGCCUCCACCAUUUACAUCAUCUUCGAAUAUUGAAGAUUCUAAAUUGUUCAGAAUUUCGUUGUCUUCCAAUGUCACUUCCAUCAACAAUAACAAAGAUAACCUUACGACGUGUGCGCUUAAAAGUUCGUAGAGACAUGAAAGUGCUGGGGGAACUUCCCAAUCUGCAGAUAUUGAAAGUACAAAAUUGUUUGCUUUCUAGUAAGCUCCACGUCUUUGCAGGUUCGUUUCCUCAACUUCAUGUCCUUAAAUUAGAAAAUUUGAAAAUUAAAAAAUGGAAACAGAGGAGAGGCGCAAUGCCAUGCCUCAAGCAUUUGGUUAUCAAACAAUGCAAUGAGUUGACCAUGCUCCCUUCGAAUCGAUUGAAUCUGACCGCUGUCCGAGAAGUGGAGGUAUUAUGGAGCAGCUCAGAAUCAGCAAAGAUGCUUCAGGAAUUGCAGGUGAAGUUUGGGUUCAAUCUACUGAUCUGUCCUCCUCUAACUGCCGACCUUCAUGAACAAACUGCCACAUGACAGAGUAAUUCGACGGAAGCAGAGAUGGUGUUCCUUUCUAUUGGUGUUACCUGUUAUGAGGUAGUCCCUUGCAUGGUCUUUGUUUACUGCUCAGUUGUUGUCUUUUCGUUUUCACGGAAUAAUUUUAUGUUUGUUGCUUCUAAUAAUUUGUACUUGUAUCUUCGUUAUUCGAGGCAUAUAUGCCACCACCAGACUGUUUAAAUGAAAUGUUAGUGUUUCUAAUA